CUUAGGUUAGCGUUACAUUACACAAAAGCAGACAACAAGAGAGCGAUACAGUUAAAGAAAGUCGGAUAAUAUAAGAUGCGUCCGAAGCGUUUUUGUGGGGAUCCCUUCUAAUGGCGUUUACGUGGAUGGUUGUCUAGAGAGAGAGAGAUAGAGGGCAACUGGUCUUAGAGAGGGAAGGAGAGUGAUUUUGCUAGCUUGGAAGAGUGGUUUUGUAAUUGCUGUAGCUGCUUUGCCUCAUGGGUUUGGAUCUCAGGAGCGUUACACACACAUACACAAAGUAACGAGUGGUUUGGGAUGGGGAAAAGCUUGAGCGUUUGUUAAAGUGUUUUUUUAACGGCUUAUUAGCAUUAAUUGUUGUGAUUAUUGUGGUGAUUUUAAGUGUUUAUAACUAGGUAAAAUUAAUGGUACAGAGAGAGAGGCUUUAUCGUGUGGACUUUGAUUUCUUUUGGUGGCUUUCGUUCUGUUGUUGACUUGGUGAGUUUUUGGUUCAAAAAUGAUGGCGGCGAAUCAGAGCGGGUCUUUUUCCCAGGCUAAUAAUGAAGGUUGUGCUGGAGGGGAUGAUAUGUAUACUGAGCUAUGGAAGGCUUGUGCGGGCCCACUCGUGGAUGUUCCUCGGAAUGGGGAGAGGGUGUACUAUUUUCCACAGGGGCACAUGGAACAGUUGGAGGCAUCAACAAAUCAAGAGCUGAAUCAAAGGGUUCCCUUGUUUAAUCUGCCGUCCAAGAUCCUCUGUCGCGUAAUUCAUAUUCAGCUGCUGGCGGAGCAAGAGACAGAUGAGGUUUAUGCACAAAUUACUUUGCUGCCAGAACCCGAUCAAGCUGAGCUUACUUGUCCUGACCCAUUACCAUCUGAGCCUUCACGAUGUCCAACAGUUCACUCAUUCUGCAAGGUGUUAACUGCCUCUGAUACAAGCACUCAUGGGGGGUUUUCUGUUCUUCGGAAACAUGCUACUGAGUGCCUUCCACAGUUGGAUAUGGCCCAGCCAACACCAACACAAGAGCUAGUAGCCAAGGAUCUUCAUGGUUAUGAAUGGCGGUUUAAGCAUAUUUUCAGAGGGCAACCAAGGAGGCACUUGCUUACAACAGGGUGGAGUACAUUUGUUACUUCCAAGAGACUAGUUGCUGGGGAUUCAUUUGUUUUUCUCAGGGGGAAGAAUGGGGAGUUGCGUGUCGGGGUGAGACGUCUUGCUCGUCAGCAGAGCAAUAUGCCAUCAUCUGUGAUUUCAAGUCAGAGCAUGCACCUAGGAGUGCUUGCAACAGCAUCUCAUGCUGUUGCGACUCAAACUCUUUUUGUGGUCUAUUAUAAGCCAAGGACAAGCCAGUUCAUCAUAAGCCUCAAUAAAUAUUUAGAGGCUAUUAACAAUAAAUUUGCAGUUGGCAUGAGAUUCAAGAUGAGAUUUGAAGGAGAGGAUUCUCCUGAUAGAAGGUUUUCAGGUACAAUUGUCGGAGUUGAAGACUUUUCUCCUCAUUGGGCUGAUUCGAAGUGGCGCCAAUUGAAAGUUCAAUGGGAUGAAUCUGCAUCUAUUCCAAGGCCUGAUAAGGUUUCACCGUGGGAAAUAGAACCAUUCUCAUCUUCAGUACCGAUGAACAUCGCCCAACCAGUAGCAGUGAAAAACAAAAGGCCCCGGCCACCAGUUGAAAUUCCCACCCUUGAUUUAUCUUCAACUGCAGCACCACCAUGGGAUUCUAGAUUGACACAGUCCCACGAUUUAACACAAAUGAGUGGUACUGCAGAAGGCAAAAGAAAGGAAAACCAUUUCAUCUGGCAUCACAAACAGACCGGUAUUAACAGCCAUAGCAACUCUAUCUCAAGGUCUCCAACUGAGGGGGGUUGGUUAUCUUCGCCUCAUGUGAAUGUUUCUCGGCAUCUGUUUCAGGAAGCAACUGAGGAUAGUAAAAGUGUAUCCAAUUGGCCUGUCAUCUCAUGCUAUUCAACUCCUCAGUCUGCAAAGUUGAAGAAUGACACAAUCCUUGACCCAGUGGAGAAAGGGAGGAAAACUGAGGCAGCUAGUAGUUAUCGAUUAUUUGGCAUUGAGCUCAUUAAUCAUUCCACAAGCUCUCCAGUUGAGAAAGCACCUGCACAACCAGUUAGUGUGUCUAGCGGCACCACUGAAGGGCAUGUUCUAAGUACAUUGUCAGCAACUGAUUCUGACAAAAAAUCUGAUAUAUCCAAAGAAAAGAAACCAGAACAUUUGCAUGUACCACCAAAAGAUGUUCAAAGCAGGCAAAGUUGCUCUUCUUCCACAAGAAGUUGCACCAAGGUUCAUAUGCAGGGGGUUGCUGUUGGUCGGGCUAUAGACUUGACCGUGAUGAAAGGGUAUGAUCAGCUUUUAGAUGAGUUGGAAGAGAUGUUUGACAUUAGGGGACAGCUUCACCGUCGUGAAAAGUGGGAAAUUGUCUACACUGAUGACGAAGGGGAUAUGAUGCUUGUCGGUGAUGAUCCAUGGCCUGAAUUUUGUAACAUGGUUAGAAGAAUCUUUAUAUGCUUAAGUCAGGAUGUGAAGAAGACGACUCCUGGAAGCAAACUCCCUAUGUUCUCCAUUGAAGGUGAAGGGACAAUAGUAAGCUCAAAUUUAACCGAUAACUGAAACAUGGGGCUAAACCUUUGUGCUUGUAUCAUUUUUUGGCCUUUUCUGUUGUUUACUUGCUGUUUCCGUUUCUUUGUGGGGAUGGUAAGCUUUGGUUUGUAAUUGGAGGAUGGUUGAAGAAGUAUAAACACUGGCUAAUUGACAAAUCUCAGUUUUUUUUAGAGCUAACUAGCAAAGGACUAUAAACGAUAUUGUUGACUGGGUUCAAAGGAAUAGUAGAAAUUAAACCGUGUAGAACUAGUCUGUACAUUCUUUGGUAUUUGGUGGUAGUUGGGGUUUUCUGGGUUAUAUGUUUCUUGUGUCUGUAAAUAUUUAAUGUAAUUUGGGCUUGUAAUUUUGGAUUGGAAUUUAUAAUGCAAGAAAUUGUCAUUCCAGCACCA